UAUCAGUGAAGAUCUAGUCAGUGUGAAGUGAAACAUAUAAGCUGGUCACUACUCAGUCUCACUGCUGCUCCUUCUAUUCAGCCAGCCAUGUCUGUUAAUGUCUGCAGGAACCUUGGCCAAUUGGAAAUGGAACGCCCAUUGGUCACGAAGUCUAGUUGCAUAGUCGAAUCGACGAUCUACAAUUUGGGCGGUUGCCCUUGGAUUGGUCCGGAGGAAGGACUUCAGUGCAUACAUUUACCACCGUUAAAGCCUCGUUGUCCACAUGAUCAAGACCCGGGAAAUGACUUCAAAUCAGUGCAAAUCGAAUACCAGCCAGCAUGGUUAUUAACCAAUCCUAACCCGCUUCAUGUCAGGGGUAGUGCAGCAGCUGCUGUCGGUUCUGACAUUUUCUACUUCGGAGGAUUUCGCGGCAUAUAUUCUGAAAACGUAACCUACCAAAAUACCGUCGCCCAUCUGAAUCCAAGUACGCGGACCGUUUCCCUGGUUAACACUCUCGGCAGUUCGCCCACACCGAAGUCGAGGGUUGGUAUGUGUUCCAAUGUGGAAUUGAAAGAAUGCUAUGUGUUCGGUGGAGUUGGGGAGCGUCCCUCGCAAACUGAGAGCGUUCAAACCCCAGCAUCAUACCUGGAAAUAAUCAGCGGCACAUAUGUAAACAACGCAGUACAUGUGCUGGACACAGGAGAUUAUGCUAGUACUGGAAGCUGUACGUGGAGAGAGAUGCUGUACACUGGGUACGCUCCAGACCCAAGAUAUAACCCUGCGUUCACCAAUCGCAACAACAUAGCAUACGUCUUUGGCGGAGCUUGCAAUUCCACUUUGGAAUUCAAAAAUGAUCUUCAUCGAUUAAAUUUGGAAUCCGCGGAGUGGAGUGGUGCUUUGCCAGUGACUGGAGAACUGCCUCCAGAGCGAUGCCAUGCUUCUUUGGCCCCGAGCUCGACGUCCCUACUGGUUCUCUGUGGUGGUUUGGGGUACGAUGGAACGAACAUGAAUUUCCGCAAUGACAUUUUCAUCUUUCAAACUGACUUACUAUGCUGGUAUUGUGUGAACACGUCACACAUCCAGCCCCCAUUGGAGUCACUGUAUGAACAUCACUCAUUCAAAAAUCCCAUCGGUGACGUCUAUAUUGUAGGUGGUUGCACGUUGACCCACAAUACCGAUCAAGCAACGCCGAUCGUCAGAGUGCGUACGGAACCGCUGUCCUUGCAAAAUCUUGCUCUGCAGGUGUAUGGAGGCAUAGCGACUUCAGAAGACGUUGAAAGCUUGAAAUAUUUGUUUCGGUGGCUUGUCCGUCAGAUUCGAAUGGAGCCAUGCAGUAGCUGCAGCCCCCCUCACGCCUGGAUGUAGUCAUGGUAUUGAAUGAAGUAAACAUUUUGCCCAUUCCACUGCUAGGAACGCUGCUGGUUGUUCGUCGGCCUAGCUUUCUGAACAAAUCUGGCUUUUCUUUCACUCACUCACCCACUCACCCACUCCCUCUAACGCACUUGCUAACGUAAUCUCUCUAUCUCUUUCCCUUAUUCUUUCAGUCUCUCUAGGUCCCACAUACAAUCUCUCUCUUCUCUCCCCACGGUGCGCGUUUGGCGCCUUUGCUCAGGAGGUCACUGGUGGAGGGAGCGUACUUCGCCUUACCUCCACGGCUUUUUAUAGCACCUACACGCCCUUUGUAGUCUAUGUUUGUUGUUGUGGUUUUUGUUGUUCUCCUC